AUGGUCUCCGGGGCGCCGGGCCAGAUGUCGAUGGCGCAUUUCGGCAGGAAGAAGUUCCACGGCGCGGAGCUUCACAGCGCGCGGGAGGAGAUCCAGAUGAGUAUGCAGCUGCGCUGCCGCGCGACUCCGUGCAGGAGCCACACUGACAGGGUCCAGGCGCUGCAGGUGCGGGGCCGCGAGAGGCAAGUCGGCGUGCAGAGGCCGCGCGGGGCUCCCCUCGGGCCUGUGGUGCGGCAGGCUCGUGACCCGCUCGACGCCGCGGCGUCCCGGGUGCCGGUCGCCAAGGUGAGUCAUUUCGAGGGCCCGCGGGUGCGGCGGCGUUGGCAACGGGUGCAGGCCAGCGCUGCGGCGAAGCGCGGAGACCGUGGCGCUUCGAAGUACCACAUCAGGGCCGAGUGGGAGAAGAACUACGGCGGCCACAGCUUCUGCAGCGAGUCGGCGAAGAUCGCCAGGGACACGGUCGUGUGCCUGUCGAGCCAGCUCCCCGCGCGCCACGGCGUCGUCGUCUACGGCAGGAGCGAGUAG